AUGGUGCUACGAUCAGAACUCAUCGAUAGAAUGCUUAGCGAACCAGCUUCGACUUCAAGCAGUAGCCGGGAACUCAGAAUGAUUGCCAAUUGGACUGAUAUGGAUAGAUUUGAAGAGGAUAAUUUGAUGGAAGUGGAUAACAAAAUUCAUGACAUUGACAAUGAGAUCUGGGCUAAGCUGAUAGUAAUGGAGAAAGGAACGAGAACGGCAAAGGCUUAUAUCAGAUCGCAAAGUCUUAUUAUGGAUGGAUCUACACAUGAGUUUGAUGGAUACAGAAUAGGACUUAGGAGAUUCAGAAAUCCUUACCGAGACCCGGCAACCGAAAUGAUGAUAUUAACAAUGGGAAAAGGUCUUGAAUUGUCGCUGGAUACUUUUGGCAAUGUUCAUUUAACAAAUAACUCGGAAAAGAAAAUAAUAGUCAGUAGUCAAGGUGUCAACUAUGUGAUUGAUAAGCGGAAAGAGAAAAUCUUCGAUUUGAGACGUUUCAAAGAGUCAUUAUCAGGCCCUCUAGCUGCGGAUUCGUACAGACUUAAACGAAAAGCCAUAAUGAGGAUUCAGUUCAAUACCUCUACACCGCCACUUGAAACUCCUUUAUGGAUUUGUUUGAUACAUGUGAUAGCAGUGGAAAUGAUGUCAAUGAUUUCGGCAAACUCAUUGAGGUCUAAUCCUUCCACAUCUUCAAGUAUUUCACAACCGUCUAUGAAAGCUCCUUCUCCACCUCCUUCUGCGUCAACCAGGUGGUCACGAUCAAAAUCAGUCAAUAGGGAAGAUCAUUUCUAUGAACUUUGCACGAGAGAUUUGAACCGCCAAGAUGAUAGUGACAAUGGGUCAUAUGUGUUUUCUGCAGUUAACGAAACAUCUAGCUCAAGUUCGUGUGGAUCACCUGCUUUGCGAGAUCGGUCGAGGUCAGAGCAGCGCGCAGGCCGAUUUCUUCAGAACGAAAAGGAAGGACAUUCUCGCUCGAAGGGUGGAGUCAAAAAAAAAUUAGUAAGAGAGAAAUCAGCAGGGCCAGCUCUUCAUCCACGAGAGGAUCCUAUAGAGCCCAAGAACUGUGGUGUUUCGCCAAUUAUGGAUUUAAAAACGUUGUCACAUAUGAGGAGACCAGUUUAUUUUAACAAAGCUCUUUCUAAUCGAGGAGGAAUCGGUCACAUGGUCAAUUAA